AGGAGACGCCCAAACUCAGCCCAUUCGCACAGGGGCUCGCCGUGCUGCCCCUGCCCCUGCCUGCCUGACACUGACGCCGGACAGGACUCAGGGGAGAGAGAGAGAGCGGAGAUGCCGGAACUGCCGGAGGUGGAGGCGGCGCGGCGGGCGCUGGAGGCGCACUGCGUGGGCCGCCGCAUCACGCGCUGCGCCGUCGCGGACGACCCCAAGGUCGUCGUCGCUGCCGCCGGGCGCGUGACCUUCGAGCGCGCCAUGGUGGGCAGGACCAUCGUGGCCGCGCGCCGGAGGGGCAAGAAUCUCUGGCUCCGCCUCGACGCCCCGCCCUUCCCCUCGUUCCAGUUCGGGAUGGCAGGUGCGAUCUACAUAAAGGGCGUUGCCGUCACAAAGUACAAGAGAUCGGCUGUCAACUCCGAGGACGAGUGGCCCUCCAAGUACUCCAAAUUCUUCGUCGAGCUUGAUGAUGGCUUGGAGUUUUCUUUCACUGAUAAGAGGCGCUUUGCAAGAGUUCGGUUAUUUGAUGAUCCUGAAACGGUACCUCCAAUUUCUGAGUUAGGUCCAGAUGCGCUCUUUGAGCCGAUGUCUGUUGAUAAUUUUGUGGACUCACUGAGCAGGAAGAAGAUUGGAAUAAAAGCUCUUUUACUUGAUCAGAGCUUCAUAUCAGGCAUUGGUAAUUGGAUUGCAGAUGAGGUGCUUUACCAGUCGAAAAUCCAUCCAUUGCAGAUUGCUUCUAGCCUAACAAGGGAGAGUUGUGAAGCGCUACACCAAAGCAUCCAAGAGGUUGUGACAUAUGCUGUCGAUGUUGAUGCUAAUUGUGAUCGCUUUCCUGUGGAAUGGUUGUUUCAUCACCGCUGGGGCAAGAAGCCUGGUAAAGUCGAUGGAAAGAAAAUUGAAUUCAUAACAGCUGGUGGCAGGACUACAGCCUAUGUGCCACAACUGCAGAAGCUGACUGGGACCCAAUCUAACAAAAAAGUAGUGGCUAGCCCAGGGCAAGUGAGCGAGGAUGGUGAUGCCAAGGAAGCAGGGGCAGAAGUAGAAGUGGAAGCUGAUGAUGAUUUGAAGCCAAGAAAGAGAGUGGCAACAUUCAAGGCUGCCAAGGGACAGCAAAACAAGGAUGCCAUAAGUGCCCCUUCCAAAAUAACAAGGAAAAUUGCUGGUGGCAAGAAGAAACAAAGCAUUAAACAUGGCAGCAAAGAUGAUAUGAAGACUACAGGACGAAACAAAGCUGGUGCUGGUAGCAACUAUGAGCAUGGUUUGGACGAACCUGCUGCUAAGAUGCGCAAAGUAUCAGGCCGGGGUACAAGAAAUUCGUCCAAGAAUAAACCGAAGACUACCAAAUAAUUAAUCUGGAAGAAGAUAAAAGUGUAUGGUGGUUACACGUUGUCUAACAUCAGUUUAGUGUAGAGUAUGUUGGUUAUGUGUUUUAUACUACAUUCCAGUGAUUAUGAAACCAUUUGAAAUCCCCGGAAUUUCGUAACCUUGUCUCGGUUUCUUGAACUGCAGCAGUAUCGUGUUACCGUAUGAACAGAAAAUGCAUCUGUUUGAACUUUC